CAGGGUUUAUUUCACACACACAGCCGGAGCGGGAGCAGGAGCACUGAAAGGGGCAUGGAGGAAGACAACAAGACCCCCGGAGAACCAGCAGCAGCCUCGGACUCUCAGAAACCGAGAACAAGAGAGGGUCCCCAAAGUCACAGCUGUCAGCACUGUGACAAGUCCUUUGCAACGUCUCAAUAUCUAUUGAUUCACCAGAGAGUUCACACCGGAGAGAAACCCUACAGCUGUGACCAAUGUGGGAAAUCUUUCAAACAGAAGUGUCACCUCAACAGACAUAAAAUAUCCCACACUGGAGAGAAACCACACAUCUGUGGCCAAUGUGGGAAAGCUUUUUCAUUAGCUGAUGAUUUAAGAGCCCAUUAUGUCAUUCAUACUGGAGAGAAACCAUAUAGCUGCGACCAAUGUGGGGUGGCUUUCUCCAAAAAAGUUCAUUUGAAAACUCACAAUUACAUUCACACUGGAGAGAAACCAUUCAGCUGUGACCAAUGUGAGAAAUCUUUCGCCACCCAUAGUGACCUGAAGAAACACAGACGUAUUCAUUCUGGAGAGAAACCACACAGCUGCAACCAAUGUGGAAAAGCUUUCCCGAGGCUAUGUGCACUAAAUCGUCACCAGCGUACUCACACUGGAGAGAAACCGUACUGGUGUGACCUUUGUGGGAAGACCUUCGCUCGGGCCUACAGCCUACAGAUCCACCGACGCCUUCACACCGGAGAGAAACCCUACUGGUGUGAGCAGUGUGAGAAAACCUUUAUUUCGAGUGGUGCGCUGAGUGCCCACCAACGCAUUCACACUGAGUCCAUCUAAACAGCUUGUUGUGUUAAUGUGCUGCUAUUAAAGGUAUUAUUAUUACACUGUUUGAAUAAAAUGAGGAAAAGAAGCAACUUGUUUUCAGUCUGAAGAAUCCUCUGUUCUUGUGAAACUGAUUUAAUCAUAAAUGUUAGUUUGUUUAUUAUUUGACAGCAUUGUAACAUCUGUUUGCUCUUUUCUCAUUAAAUGUGAUUGUUGCUGCUUUAAUAAUCUGAGUGACAUCAUUAUUAAUAUCAAUGCACAACUCUAUUGUAACAUACAUGUUUUUAUAUAUUCAUGUAGUGCACACAUUACUUUAUCUACUCCAAUAUAUAUUUGACUUUACUAUAUAUUAUUAUAUUUUAUUAAACAUUUUAGCUGAAUACUAAAUUCUGAUUGGUCAAAUUAGAAGUUUAAGACGUUAAUACUCGAUAACACACCGCUGCCAAGAAAUCAGUAUUUUAGAUUGAGAUGAAAUCCUUUAGAGUUAAUAAACGUGUGCAUUUGAUAAUCCACGCUGAACAGCAAUGGGUCGUCCUCUCUAGGCUUCUCCUGGGAAAACUGUGUUUAACAUUUACUCUGUAUUUAAAUACUUAGAAAUCUCUUUAAAACAUUUAUUUUAUUCCCUGACGAAGAGGUCUGUCCGGGAGUUAAUUUAAACCCAGUAACUCUGUAUGUUUUAUAUGAUUAUAAAAGUUUAAAAUGUAAAAAUGUCAUGUAAUAAAACUUUGAUUUCAACAUUUUAAAAACAA